AUGAUAAUCUCUGCAUCCAAAACAAAGAGCCUGACAAUAUCAAAAAUACCUAUCAGAUGCAAGAUUGUCGUGUAUAAUACAAUAAUACAGCAAGAAAUGAAAUUUAAAUAUCUCGGUAUAGAGUUAUCCGAUUAUGGCGAUAUCGAAACAGAGGUAAGACAACAAAUAACAAAAGCAAUGAGAGUGGCUGGAUGUCUAAAUGACACCAUAUGGAAAAACAAAUACAUAGGUGUCGAGGUCAAGUCAAGAAUAUACAAGGCUGUCGUCAGAUCCAUAAUGACCUACACAGCAGAAACCAGACCGGAUACAGCAAAAACAAAAAGAUUCUUGGAAACAGGCGAGAUGAAAAUCCUCCGCAAAAUCACAGGUAAAACGCUGCUAGAUAGAGAACGAAGCGACAACAUAAGGCAAACAUACAAGGUGAAUAGCAUUAAUGAGUAA